GGAAAUUUGGAAUUGUACAUUACUGAGCCCAAUAGGAGCCGACAAAGCCCAAUCAUAGCCCAACGUUGUGAUAACAUAUCGGGGGUUUUAAGCACGCGGUAGCUCCUCUGUUCCGAAAGAAAAACCCUAGCAUUUCCUCUCGAGUAGCGCCGCCCGCAUUUGCAGCAGCGACCAUGGUGAAGUACUCCAGAGAACCGGACAAUAUCACCAAAUCCUGCAAGGCUAGGGGAUCCGAUCUCAGAGUUCAUUUUAAGAACACUAGGGAGACCGCACAUGCUAUCAGGAAGCUUCCUUUGGGCAAGGCCAAGAGGUAUUUGGAGGAUGUGCUUGCCCACAAGCAGGCCAUACCUUUCACCCGUUUCUGUGGUGGUGUAGGCCGAACUGCUCAGGCAAAGAACAGACAUUCCAAUGGGCAGGGGCGCUGGCCCGUAAAGUCUGCUAAGUUCAUCUUGGAUUUGCUUAAGAAUGCUGAGAGCAAUGCUGAGGUGAAAGGCUUGGAUGUGGAUGCUCUCUUCAUUUCUCACAUUCAGGUUAACCAGGCCCAGAAACAGAGACGCCGCACCUACCGUGCUCAUGGAAGAAUCAACCCUUACAUGUCCUCUCCUUGCCACAUUGAGUUGAUCCUAUCUGAAAAGGAGGAGCCUGUCAAAAAGGAGGCUGAGUCACAAUUAGCAACCAGCAAACCCAGGAAGGCUUGAGCUUGUAGUGAAUGAGUGGAUCAUAUAGUUUUUCAAGUUUUGGGAAAACUGUGUACCCCAUUUAUUUUUGCAGAUGAGUCUGGUUAUUUAUUUUCUGUUUUUGAGGAUUAUUGGAUUUUCAUCUAAUGCUAUGGUUCUAAAA